UUGCUAGCUCUCAACUAUAUAUAGCAGGCAUGGAGAUGGGAAGGGAUCUUAAGUUGGACUCUGGCUCUGCUGGAAUAUUGCGGAAACUUAGAAGGAGAAGUUUCGAAAAGAAUUCGGAAUCGCUAAGUAUUGGAAAAGGGAUUCAGAAAACACAGUCCUUAGGUUCGCAACCAUUAGACAAUAUUGAUGAAGGACUUACUAAUAUUGUUGGGUUUGAGAUGAAAUCAGCUUCCGUUCGCAGCAAGGCUUCCAGCAACAAUGGGUUGCUAUGUUAUUCGUUUUCUCUUGAUGCAGGAGAAAUCUCAGAUCAUAUUGCCUUGAGAAUACAGAGCCAGAGUCCAACGCCAAACACUGUUUCAAGAGUUCAAUCUACAGCAAGAGAAGAAGAACAUAGGGAUGAAGACGAAGGGAGAAGUAGACUAUAUGUAGAACCCACCUUACCAAUUUAUCUAAAGUUCCAAGAUGUAAAAUAUAAGGUAGCUGCAAUGGGUGUAAAGAGCUCAGUUCCAAGCUGCAUACUCCAAGGAAUCACUGGCUCAGUGCAACCCGGGGAGGUUCUUGCCCUAAUGGGACCAUCAGGAGGGGGCAAAACAACUUUACUAAAUCUCCUCAGCGGGCGCACGAAACUCAACAGCGGUUCUAUCACUUACAAUGACCAACCAUACACCAAGUCUCUAAAACACAGGAUUGGAUAUGUAAUGCAAGAUGAUCUACUGUUCCCUCACCUCACAGUCAAAGAAACUCUAACUUAUGCUGCACUGCUCCGUCUGCCCAUUUCCUUAACCAAAACUCAGAAAAAAGAAAGAGCCAUGCAUGUGAUCCAUGAGCUAGGUCUGGAAAGGUGCCAAGACACAGUAAUCGGUGGAAUAUUGGUUAGAGGAGUUUCAGGUGGUGAAAGAAAAAGAGUGUGCAUAGGCAACGAAAUUCUGCUCAACCCAUCACUUCUGUUUCUAGACGAACCAACAUCUGGUCUUGAUUCAACUGCUGCAUUUCGAAUACUUCAGAUGCUACAAAUUAUUGCAGAGGCUGGGAAAACAGUGGUGACUACUAUACAUCAGCCAUCAAGUAGAAUCUUUAGCAAGUUUGACAAACUUAUACUCUUGGGUAGAGGAAGCUCCUUGUACUUCGGAAAAGCCUCCGAAGCAAUGAUGUACUUCUCCUCCAUUGGUUGUGCUCCACUGAUAGCUAUGAAUCCAGCAGAGUUUCUUAUUGAUCUUGCAAAUGGUAACACAAAUGACAAAUCACUUCCAACUGAAUGGGAGGAUGGAGGGCCUUCUGUCCAUGAGUUUCUAGUUUCGGCCAAUCAAGACAGACUUUCAAAAAUGGCGUACAGAAGUCAUCAAAACUCUGUACUACUGCUUCAUCAUGGUGAGCAUCAGAAGCAGGGGAGGUCAUAUUCAAAGGAAUCAAAGGCUACUUGGUGGGAACAGUUUUCAAUUCUUUUCCGUAGGGGACUAAAGGAGAGACGCCAUGAGUACUUCUGCUGGAUGCGUAUUAUUCAAGUUAUAUCGACUGCUAUCAUCAUAGGACUCCUGUGGUGGCACUCUAAUGCUUCAUCCGCGAAACAACUUCAUGAUCAGGCAGGGCUAUUGUUCUUCAUUUCAGUAUUCUGGGCCUUCUUUCCUUUAUUCACUGCAAUUUUCACAUUUCCACAAGAAAGAGCAAUAGUAGCUAAAGAGAGAUCAGUGGAGAUGUACAAACUGAGCUCUUACUUUUUAGCUAGAAACAUUAGUGAUCUACCUCUGGAUCUCCUGCUUCCUGUAGUGUUUCUAGUGAUAGUUUAUAUGAUGGUGGGAUUGAAGCGAACUUAUGCUGCAUUUUUUGAAACAAUGCUCACAAUUUUCCUCAGCAUUGUAGCCGCUCAGGGCCUGGGACUAAGCAUUGGUGCAGCUUUUAUUGAUAUAAAGAAGGCAACCACAUUUGCUUCCGUUAUUGUUAUGACCUUCAUGUUGUCUGGUGGAUUUUUUAUCCAGAAAGUUCCAGCAGUUAUUUCAUGGGUACGCUAUAUCUCGUUCAACUAUCACACAUACAGGCUACUGCUGAAAAUUCAGUAUGCUGGAUAUGAAUCUUGUGAAUCUCCCUUCAUCAAAGAAUUGAGACUUGAUUCAGGGGGAAUGGAAGUGGGAGCUAUGAUGAUAAUGAUCAUUGGGUACAGGUUGCUGGCCUAUUUAUUACUCAGAACAAUGAAGCUCAGGACAAUGAUAUAG